CAGAGCUACUGGAACUCGCUGCCGCUCCGUGCGGCGCGUCUUAAAAACUAAUCGAGAAUACCCAAAAAACAAGACAGUACAAGCAUUUCAGAGACAAGAAACAGUUUUUUCAUCAAGGGUUGAUAGCAGGGUUUUAUUUUGGAAAAGAUGACCGGAAAUCAUUGUUAAACAACCUUAGUCAGACAGUGCUGGUCACUGCCCUCUCUCUCUCUCUCUCUCUCUCUCUCUCUGCAGGCAUUAUUAUGGCAAAGUGUCAGUCGUCGGGAUGGAGAGCAAUAGGAAGGAUGUCUUCAGCCAGCGAGCUGUGAACUGCUGACUGCGUUAGCACAUUUGUGAAAACAUCGUGAUAAUCUUGAAUUAAGAACUGUUUGCUUGGUAUUUUUUUUCAACCAGAAACAAAGGGGAACAAGACCAGAGAGAAAAAACAGUCGUGAUGAACAGAGAUAGAGACAAGAGCGCAAAACAUGCGCUCCGGAGCCAGAAACAGUCCAGGACGCACCAGCAGGUUUCUGUCCAGAAGAAAAAGAAUCCGUCCAGUGCCCAGAGUGGUUCCUACUCCAAGGAGACACUGUCUGGGAAGGAGGUGAAAUCGACAGGACUGCAGGGAAAGCGUCUGGGGAAACGCUCAACCGGCGCCACCACAGAGAGCCAGCGGAGCCCCGGCGCGCAGAGGAAACUGUCCGAUGCCAGCAACGCGUCAGAGGAUCUGAGCAAAGACUCCGGCUGCAUGUCUGGGAAACUCUCCUCCUCAGACAGUAGCUCAGAAAUAUCCGAUUGCCCCUCGGAGAGGAACAAACUCGAAUCUCCGAGCAGUGACAACGAUUUAAGCUGGACAGACGGAGGAGCUUAUGUGAGCCACAACAGUGAGGGGACAGGCGACGGCAAAGCCUGCGCAAAGGCAGCCAGAGAUACCUGUGCUGGAGGGGCUCUCAGUUUAUUUAACUCCUCAGGGGCCUUUAUGAAGCUUAUGAUGUGGGAGUCAACCGAAGAUCUUGUCAGAGAGGUGGACGAUUUGAGGUCAGAGAACGAGUAUUUGAAAGAUGAGGUGGAGGAACUUCGCUGUGAGAUGCUGGAAAUGCGAGACCUUUUCCAGGAGGAGGAGGUCUACCAGCUACAGGAGCUGCGGCUGCAGCUGGAGCAGGCCAACAAGACAUGUCGCAUCCUGCAGUACCGCCUCCGCAAGGCCGAGCGCCACAGCAUCCGUGUGGCUCAGACGGGACAGGUGGACGGGGAGCUGGUCAGGAGUAUGGAGCAUGAUAUCAAGGUUGCAAAGAGCGUGUCCCUCCGGCUGUUCAAUGAGCUGGAAGUGGUGCAGAAGAAGAAUUCCCAGUUGGAGUGGGAGAAUGAGGUGCUGCGUGGGAAGACACAGGAACUGGAAGUGGCCAAGCAGGUCUUACAGGCUGAAGUGGAGAAAGCCAGAGAGUGCUCUCUGAAGAAGAAAAGCAUUAGAUCAACAGCCAGUAAGGCUGAGAAGAGGCUCUCUCAACAUAUUGAGGAUGACAGUGCCGACCUCAAGUGCCAACUGCACUUUGCCAAAGAGGAAUUAGCUCUCAUGUGCAAGAAGCUCACCGAGUUGGUAUCAGAGAGCGAGGGCAUGCGCGAAGAGCUGGCCAAAUACCAAUCAGCCUACGGCGACAUAGACGCCACUCAGUCACCUGAAGGCAAGUACAACUUCACCCACACCAGAGAGGCGGAGGUCAAAGUUCACUUGAAACUGGUGGAAGAAGAGGCGACACUCCUGAGCCGGCGCAUUGUUGAACUGGAGGUGGAGAACCGCGGACUGAGAGCAGAAAUGAGUGAGCUGAGGGAGAAAAUAGGAGGAGUGGAAGAAGAAGAACAAGAUAAUCAGGAUGUUUUGAAGAACAACGUGUCAGCUUCUACACCCCUGAAGGACAGGGAGGGAAUAGAGGAAAGUUUAAACAUGGGAUGCACGGCUUUUGAGCCUGGUUCGAAGGAGGAAUCGGUAAAAGGUAAAAGUGUUGAGACAUCUUUGCUUUGCAGCCAAUUGCAGACUGAAGGGAUGAGUACUGCUUGUCCUAUUACUCAAGAAGGUGCUGUAGAUGGUGAGUGGGACCCUUCAGACAGUCAGGAUGGUGAGAACAACAAAAAACCUCACCAAGGUCUCAAAGGAAUGACUGUGAAAGACUAUGAAACUCUUCUAGCUCUCAGAGAUCAUUCCUGCAUUGUGCAUGCAGCCAUACAGCUCCUGACCACACCACCAAAAAAUGGGCACUGUUCAUCUCUCUCAUGUGCGUUUACCUCUCCAACAGAGGUGAAUUCGAAAGCCAGGUCACAGAAGAUAAUCCUACCAGGACCUUUAAACGAGGCUAUGGAGCUUCUGCAGGCCAUGCUGUUGGCUUUCAUUGGGAGGGUGGAGAAGCUUUUAACAAGACAAGAUUUAGGUAAAAAGUCUCUUCAUGGGGACAGACAUGUUUGUGAUUCUGACACUUUCUCCUUCUUCUCUGGAGAUGGUGUGCAUCAUAUCACAGAUAGUCUUAAUCUCAAAGAGUCACCAAGUAAGCAGGAGUUUGUUGAAGACCUCUGUGCCACAGAGGUUGAGGAGAGAGCAACAAGACAAGCUGCUUCCUUUCCGUGUGACCCCAUCCACAGCUGCAGGAACCCAAAAAUGCAGCUUUCUUUGCAGAUUCUGUGGAUCCUCCAUCAGUGGUGUCACGUUAAAGGACCUGACCUGCAAGAAAAAGAGGGUAAAGACAAAACCAUGUUCGUGCUGCGAGGGUUGUUGCAAGACCUCAGUGCAGAGCUUCAGGAUGAGCAGGUUGAAUUUGACAGUGAAGCCAAGCUCAUGUCCGGAAUGGCAGCUGAGCGAGCUAUUAGUGGUAUAUUUGGUGAUGAACAGAAGUGUGAAGCUGACAGAAUCUGCAGCUCAAAAGGGAAAAAACGACAACAGUUUUCUCCACACAGCUCUAAGAAGAGGAACUGGUGCUAUCUGAGUCAGGAGGCUGCCCAGCUGGACCGAGACAACCCUGUUAAGACGUGGGACCAUCUAAUCAUGCCACUUAGCUUCCCUGAUCUUGACUUCGAGCAGAUGUCCAUGGAGAGAAGCCACACUGCCCCGGAGAAGUCGGCCUUCCGCAUCUACUACAGCCCCCCGUCAGCUCGCAGAGUCCAACUAGCUCACCUGAAGCAAAGCCACACUGCAGAGACAGAGUCUGUCAACACUUCGUCUUCCCGGUACACUCCGCUAACCUCCCUAUCUCUGCUCUGUCUGGGCCCCUCUGCUAACCUGAGUGAUGACAUGAAGGAAAUGACAGCCAGCUGGAGACAGACAUUUCACAGAAUUUCACAGGAGAAGAGAGGUAGAUUCACGGAGCGGUGGGUGGACGUUGCCUGCUCAGGCACUCAGACCCACAUAAAGCCACAGAUGGUGAGCGUUGGUCUGCAGACAGAUGGGACUCAGGGGCCUUUCACUGUGAGAAACAGCCCUCCCCGAGUCCUGACCUCUUCCUUAGUAUCUGCCCACUCUCACCAUAUCUCCACCUCACUGGACGGAAUAACAGCUCGAGUCGAGAGGCCCAUUCGCUCCACCUCCUCACCUAAACUGAAUUGGAGACACUCUACACCUGGUGCAUCCUCUGUCCCAUCAUCCACAAAUUUGAGCUCCUCCUCCUCUGUAUCCCUUUCUAGAGAUCGAGCACUGUGGAACCUGAAUCACCAGAGCCACACUGGUCUAACAUGGGCCCAACAAACCAGUCCCAGAGCAGGUUCAGGACAGAACCACAGCUCCCUGAGCAGUGCCAAACCUCCCGGCAAAUCUGCAGGCACCAACCGUUACGGUUUGGUCACAGAAUUUCUGCGCAGGAUGAGUGGCCGGACAGAGAAGCCAGGGUCAGGACAGAAGACAAAGAGCAAUCUGAAGAACUUGGAACGUGUUCCGACGAGGCCUCCCAUCCUCCCGCUGCACAGGAACGACAGCGUGACCAGGAUCGUCAAUCAGAGGUUCAUGAAGCAGAGGGAGAUCAGUGCAGUCCAGAGAGAGGAGCGGGGCAGCAUCCUGAACCACAGUGCGAGGCACAGCAGGAGUAUCAUCACAGCAGAGGACAGGAACUACGAUGACAGCACCAGCAGCACCUUGACCUUCUGCUUCGCUCGUCCAUCUCGCUCCACCCAGAGACACAUGUCCAACCAGGGCAAACUCCACCGACACAGAUACCCGCCUCCAGUGAGCACAGCUACAGACUCCUACUGUGAGUGAAAGGGAGGAGGAGUAACAGCUGAAAGUGGUCAGAUCCACAGGACAGGAAUUUAAAAUGUAAUCCCUUCUUUACUAGGAGAACUGGUACAGUUACUAUGUGAGCAAUGUUUAGGGGAGAUGUGAGUAAACCAAUAGAUAUGUAUAUUUCUUCUCAUGCAAUUAACCAUCUUUAGAUCUCCUUUAGCAAAUUACUCUCAAUUACUAGAACCUACAAUCUUACAAAUGAGUUUAUUUUAUAUUCUCACAACCGAGCUUCAUGUAAAACUGAUUUUGCACUAACACUGUGAGCUGCAAAGUCAUUAUAUAUUGUCUCUAUAGUAUUUUGUAGAGAAUAGCCUCAUGUAUUAUUGAAUAAACUUCUAACAUCUGAUCAAUAGGCCUACACUUCAUUGUCGUCUUAUUUCUUUACAUGUGUCUUGCUUCACAGUCACACCUCAGCCCUUAAAAUGUGUAGAUUUUAUUUAAGUUGUAGGAAGCAGUUACUCUGUGGUGGGGCUAAUCAGCCUGUUCAGGAGAGCACUGCGGAAUAUUGCGUCACACGUUCAAAAAAUAAAAACAAACAGUUAAGUAGUUAAUAAGAUUUCCUCACCUGUUAGAAGCACAACCCCCUGUCUCCUGACUGUCACUGACAAAACUUUGUGUAGGGCUCUGAUUUGUAGCUGUGUGACAUACCUGGAGA